UCAUGUAUCUUGCAUGCAUACAAUGGUAUCAUAUGGCGUUGAUCUCACUGGCAGGUUCAUCUGCUUGGAUGCACCAGCGUCGAUGUGUGGGGUUGACAUGUCAAGGAUGCUCAAUCGACGUCCAAUAAAGGUCGCUCUCGUGCCAUCACGGCCCUUGUUCAAGUCGCGUCUCCGAGCAUUUGCGUCGCAGAUGGGUAGAGUGACGCGCUAGGGCAAAUGACUGCGGCUUUCAAGCUCUACGUCUUGUUCAUAAGCUACACACAGCUACCGGCCGCAUGCAAUUCUCGGACGCCGGAGUCACAUAUACAUCGUACUCGCAUCUGCCCUCCUCUCAUACCGAUUUGACACAUGCGCACCUCGGUGACCGAGCCAAUACACUCAUCUCGCCUCACACAUGGCGCUGGAAGGGACCCUCAUUGGGCUCAAAACCUCUUUUAGACAUAUCUAGUCGUGCCAUCGGCACGAACACACAUUCAGGCCGUCCAUCCGCGGGCUGCGACGAUGUGCGAAACCUUUACAUGAUCCUGCAUGUAGGUGAGCCACAUCCUACACAUGUCCUUCGAGCACCGCGCAUGAUCACUGAGCCCCACAGCAUGUCGUACGCCGAAGGAUUGGUUUCAUACAUGCCACAGUUUACCCAAGCUCAAAACGCAAGUCUUCGUACAAUGGCAGAUACACAGGAACUCCGAAGAAUCAGGCUUCGGCCGAAGACAAUGUUUCGAACACAGGUGCCACAUGUUGGAUCAGUUUGGCCAACAUCUAAUACCAAACACCCGAUGUCGACCAAACAUCCGGGUAUGUCACUCUGCACCGUCGGCAGUUUUUGUAAUCACGGCUCUGCGAUACUGCUUACACGCCUCUCACACAAAGCCAUACCCCCAUCAUACAGGCUUUCCGCUAAGUGUGUCUUAUUCGACAUGUCUACCCGUGACCUGGACACAGUGGUAGAUGUACCGGUCGCCAUUUAACCUCUGGACUAACUUGAGAAAGCUGGUGGAGGUAAUGUUAGACCCCCUGAGCAGGAUGUUGACUCGGGUUUUGAAUCAUCAUGCGGUGCCCUCGUAUUUACAUAAAUCCCCUGAGAAGCGUACGAACUUAAGCAUCUGUUCUCUGAGGGAGCCCCCCCCCCUUACUCUAGAUAUGGAUUCGACGAAGAUC